UCAGCGCUCACUUCAACUCAGGUGUGUGCGCUGCUGCCCUCUAUUCCGACAUUUUGUCAAGAUUUGACAACCAUGGCGGCCAGCAGCAACCAUCGGUGGGAUGGCCAGCCACAGCCUCACCCCCUCAACGGACAGCAGGACCCCGGCAGGCCCCAGAACCCCAGGCUAGACCCAGGACCGCCCCCCCACCCUGUGGCCGCACAACCCCUGUUUUACAUGCAAGCUCCGCCUCCUUAUGUUCAGUACCAGUGGCGCAUGCCGCUUUCCUACAACUCCUUUGCUGGAUUCCCACCCAUGGGCUAUGGCAUGGUCAUGCCCCAGGUCCAGCCUCCACCCUAUAUGGAGGCACCGGCGUACAUCAUGCCCCACCCACAUGUUCAGCCAGUUGACUACAGACGCUUUCUACAUCUCCCAGUCCAUGGCCGUUGCCCACCGUACCAGAAUCCAAACCAGACCAGAAGAGUUCGAUGUAUUAGAGAAACUGUCAGCUGCGAGGUCCAAACUGAACCGCCACAGGAAAGCUUGACGAGUCGCUCUGUCGGUUUGGAUUCAGGGCGAGAAACUAUGCCGUGUUCUCCGUCAACCUCCAGUUCCAGCUCUCAACAGCCAGGAUCUGUGGAGGUUGAAAAGUAUCCAUCACCCAGCAGCUGUGUGGACAAGGAGAUCCAGGUGAGCUGUCCUCAUGAACAAGUUUUUGUGUCGCCUCCUGACCAAAGAAGUGCAACAUUGAAAGCCAGCAGGGUCGUAGACAUGAGCGGUCCGAGGAACGGUCACUGCAACAUCUGGUCCGUGACCUCUCAGGAUUGUGUAGCUCCUGUGUGCAGCUCUUCUCAGCAAACGAACGAGGUUUGCAAAGAAAUCCCUGACAGCUUGUUGCGUUGGAGAAAUACCACGCCACAGGAGGUGAGGAUCAACUUGACAGACAAGCUACUUCCUGACCAUGACGACCAGCUGCCUUCCAGAACUGACAAGGAAUACCGAAGCCCUGUUGGUACUAGUCGCUUAAAGGAUGACCGUUGUACCGAUUCUCCAGAAGGCGUCUUAAAUCACGACGACACAAAUGCCGUUCUGGUCGCGGAGUCCAGAAGAGAAAGUACAGUGUUGGGUUUGUACGUCUCUGAGAAGCCAAGCGGUCUUCAAAGCCAAGUUGGGCGUCCACUCAAUAAAUCCCACAUAGUCGCUGACCAAGAAGACCUCAGCAUAUCAUGGCCCCACGACAACACCACAGAGAAUCUUCACUACAGGAGUCGGAAGAUGAAUGAGUCUGUGUGGACUGUGGAACCUUUAGCCCCUUUUGUCCCGAAUAAGGAGUGGAACCUGCAUAAUAACGUGUUCAGUCCUGAGAUGGUUGCAGAGAUGAACGAAGACCCUGAGCAGGAUGGACCCUCGACCCGAGAUGUUUUCAAAGCCGACGAGAAACGAUGUCUGAGAUUGUCGUCGUCCGACUGUGUUCCGAUGUCAGAUAGUUGGUUAGAUUCCAGCACUCCAGCUGUCAGGACCAAGAACCCACAAACCCAAGUGAGGGCACUGCAGAGCACGACUCCAGUUUGCUUACAUAUGCAGGCUACUCUCCCCAGGGGAGAUGUGGCUGAAGAUGGGUCUUCUGAACCCGUGGCUAGUCAAAGCCCAAACCAGGAACUGUGCAUUACUGCACACCAGGCAGGAAGUCCGUGCUCUGCUGGCCAAGAAGAAAAACAUUGUAACGCUUCAGCAGGGGAGAAAACCCCACCCACAGCCCAUUGGACUCCGGACCUCAGCGAGGCUGGGAAAGCGGACCAUAGCAAAGCUGACGGGCAGCCGAGGAACAAGCUUUGUGUCCCUUUACCUGAUCCCAGAACACAGGAGUUGUCACCUGGUAGCUUAGCGCAAUGCUCGGUCAUCAGCUACCACUGCAAUAAGUCCCAGCUUCCUUCCAGAACUGACAAGGAACACCAAAGACCUGUUGUUGACAAUUGUACUGACCCUCCAGAGGUCAUCUUAAAUCACGAGAACAACACAAAGGACGUGCUGGCUGCGGAGUCCAAAAGGGAAGGAGCGCUCGGUUCGAAAGUCUCUGAGAAGCCGAGUAGUCCUCAAAGCCAAGUUGGGCGUUCACUGACUAAGUCCCCUGACCAAGAAGACACCAGCAUGUGGUGGCCCCACGACGACACCGCAGAGAAUCUUCACUACAGGAGUCGGACGAUGAACGAGUCCGUGUGGUCUGUAGAAUCUUUAACCCCCUAUGUCCCCAACAUGGAGUGGAUCCUGCAAAAUGGCGUGUUCAGUCCUGAGAUGAACGAGUAUCCUGAACAAGAUGGACCCUCUACUCGAAAUGUUUUCGAAGCCAACAGGAAACGAGGUCUGAGACUGUCGUCGACCGACUGUGUUCCGAUGUCAGGCGCUUGGUUAGAUUCCAGCACUCCAGCUGUCAAGACCAAGAACCAAGAAACCCAAGUGAGGGCACUGCAGAGCACGACUCCUUCAGGAAACUACGCCCCAGUUUGCUUACAGAUGCAGGCUGCUUUCCCCAGGGGAGGUGUGGCUGAAGAUGGGUCUUCUGAACCCGUGGCUGAUCCCAGCCCAAACCAGGCAGGAAGUCCGUGGUCUGCUCGCCAAGGAAGAAGACAUCCUAACGCCUCAGCAGGGGAGAGAACCCAGGGGACUCUGGACCUCGGAGAGGCUGGUAAAGCGGUCCAGCUUUGUGUCCCUCUACCUGAUCCCAGAACUCAAGAGUUCUCGCCCGGCAGCGUGGCGCAGUGCUUGGUCAUCUGCUUCCUGUGCAACAAGUACCACACCGCCAUAUGUCCUCACAAGAAAACCAAGGCAAACAUGGCGCCCAAAGGGACACGACCAGGUGUGAGAAAAUGCAAGAACACGAGUGAAGGAGUUUCCACGAAUGGACGACCGCAGGGGGAUUUGAUCAAGUUCUCUUGAUGGAGGAGCAAACGGUGGAGAUCAACACUUUUGAGGCGCAGUCAUGAUUUGUUUUUAAAUAUAAUAAAGUAUCUUUUCUACAACA